AUGACAUCGAAAUCUUGCACGGGCUCCGACCCGCACGUUACUAGAAGGCUUUGUGCUACUUUGAUUUUUUUGAUUGGCAUUCUUUGCGUGUUCGCAGGCUAUUUAUUCGGACGCAUGGCUCGUAACGAAGUGAGGCACGGAAACGAUGUGGUAUCGAGCAACCUUACAUUCGCCGCUGAAAACUUAUUCAGAAAAGCGAAGCGCAUCUCACCUAAAGCAGUGCACCAUAACGACUCGGGGAAGAUUUCCCGAAAAAUCUUGGACAUCUUCCACUGCAACGCGAUUUAUACUCCGGAAGCGAGAAAGAUAGGAUUGAGGUUUCGGUCUGGAGGUUGGACAUUGGAGAAGCAUGCAAGUAUCGGUAAACUCAAAGACUGA